AUGGUGUCACUGGGUGUGCCUACUGCCAGGUUCGGCAUGCCCCCAGAUCCUGACAAGCCAGAGCCGCACUAUCCAGGUGUCUCGUCCAACAAGUUUGAUGCCCUCGGCGCGCUCAAAGUCUACAGAGAGAAUCUCAAAAGAGAUGCGGAUAUUCGGGCAAAUCAGAUUCAGUUGCAAGCUGGGAGACCUGGACCAGUUCAUCACAGGCGGCGCCUGGAAGACUUGAUGCCCGGCUUGGCAUCGGUGGCGGAAGCAUAUGAGCACUUGGGAUACAGUGCUGAUCCCAUCACUCGGCGAAUGCUUCCUCCGACGCAGCUGGGUGGUCACAUCGAAGGCUAUCAUCUGUUUUACGAGGCAGGCAAGAUCGAGACAAUCCCAGCGGUGAUUCAUGGCUUGGGGGCAAUUCAGGGCUGUUUGCUGAAGUGUGCUGGAUUUGGCGAGGAAAUAGUGCCAGUGUCCCGAAUCCGCAGUCCUCGAAUGGUUGUGGUGGCCGAGAGUAGAGUAUGCUGUCUCAGCCCGGAUGACAAAGCGCUCAUUCAAAAGGAAAAGGAGAUGAUCCUGAGCUUCGGGUUUCGUGCUGCCCGCGGAGCUGGGCCUUGCAAGAAGGACUUUCAGCGCCACUACAGCUCCAGCCUAUGCGUUGUCGACCACGCCGAGAACUGCGCCAUCUGGGCAGCGGCCGCAAACCGUCCAUGCAGCAUGUUCUGGGAAGCCGCUACACGAGCGGGAGUUUCCAGCGAGGUUUGGAUUGGAGCCAGCCGGAACGGCUGCAGCUGGCGACGUUAUCAUCACCAGGUCCUCGGUCAGAACGUACCCUGGGGGACCUCUUGCUCAAUGCAGCGUGGAUCGUGA